AUGGUCAACCGUGCCUGGAAUGCCCCGGAGCUGUUCAGACUGUGGGAGGAAAACAUGAGUAUUGAUGGUGGACGAUCUUGCGCAAGAUCGACGGAGACCGCUGGAAAGAGGAGGACCAUGCUCUGAGGAACGCCCCUACGGCAACGGAGGGCCGGUUGGUGGGCAUGACCGUGUGCGGUGUUAUCUUGGCGUCCCGCUUCUUGCCAAACAAGACGUGGAAGGUUGUUCUACUUUGUCCCACAGGGGAAAAGAGAGUCCGCUUUCAAAUCCGCAAUCUGCACCAUCAGGGGCUGGCACAAGCAAUCCGAAUACAUCCGCAACGUCAAAUCUUCGGACUCUCAUCACAAACUGCUUCCAGAAUGGCAUGAGUACUAUCCAAUCAGUCCACCGCGGCAAUAAAUAUCAUCCUCGAUCUCCUCUGGGGCCCCAUGUACCUCUCUCGAUGCGAGCGGUGUCGGAGAUACACCGGGAACUUGGGCUAUCAAGUCAGAAAAUUCACGACCACCACCACCACCCCAUUGCUGUGGAAAACGUCAGUAUCACUUGUUCCUCCCAUGACCGAUUCAAGGCCAUUGUAAUGUGUAGUAGACAAGCUCGAUCCUACAGCUGCGGCGCAGGCUCCUGGUUCGACUCCCACGAGCUAGUAGAUGCCACUGGCUUGUCGUGGUUGCUGCAACGGGUAACCAUGAUCGAGCCGG